ACACAUCAAGUCGCGCACCAUCUGCAACCCCCAAGACGAUCUGAAUAGUCAUCGCAGCAUCCUAGAAACGUCUCGACGUGUUUGCGCUCAGAGCAGACGCAGCCUCAGUCGCGCCUUGCGUGUUACCUAGGCGGUAGCUAAGCCGCCCACCACCACCACCGUCAAGCUGCAAACAUGGAGCCAAUCGUCGCGGCAAAGGGAAAACUUACCCAGUUAAGGUACGAGCUUCCGCACCGCGUACAUGCCUCUACGGUAUACCCCGUCAAAGCCCCCAAUGGCUCGACCAUCGUACUAUACGGCCACGAGACAGGUAUUGGCAUCCUCUGGAGAGGAGGACGCCCAUUGAAAAAGUCCUCGCCCCUUCCCCAGCAGCCAGCGAAGCCACCAAAGGUCAACGGAACAAGCAACGAUGCCAUUAUGAUCAUCGACUCCGACGACGAGCCUACCAAAGCUGUUUCAGAGCCGCCACCCAAGGCCGAAUUUGAGCAUGAAGAGGAAGAGCUUGAUCCAGACCAGCCGUACGCCUCAGUCGUCCAGCAACUUUCUCUGUCUCUCAGCACCCAAGUGCUACACAUCGCCGUACCCCAAAUACCGACCGCCUCUACCCUCCGAUCCGCAGACACAACACCUCGCAUAUUCAGCACUCACAUCAUCUUCACCGUCGCAUGCGCCGACUCUACAGUGCGCGUCAUUACAUUGCCUCUGAGCCCUCCUCCACACGUCGCAAAAGACAAGCCAUACACCGCGAAGUCACAGUUCGGCGAAGACGUUGUCAAGCUUCAUGGCCAUCAAAGCAUCCCGAGGGGUGUCACUAUGACUUGGACUGCAAGAGGAGAGGCAGACUCUAUAGACGAGGCAGAAGACGGCAUGGACGUGGAUGAGGAGGAAGAAGACACAACGACUUCUGAGCACAAACACCAACCGCGUGCCGGUCAAGGCUUCGACUUACUCGUAGCCUCGCACUCCGCUGAGCUGGGAGGCCUGGUCAAACUCUUUCGCUUUGAGCUAUCUGAGACGUCACCGAAGGUCUCGCAUCCGGUCGUGCCUUACAAGACGCUCACUCUGAACAAGCCUGCCUCUCGCAUUGCCUUCAACACUGCUCAGUAUCCAAAUCGUCGCCAUUCCCAACUACUCAUCGCAGACUCGAAGGGAACUGCGCGCAUCUACGAUCCUUUUGCGUUACCCACUCGUAGCCAACGAUCAGGCGGCCGUCGUAAUGAGCCUGGCGCAUUUGUGGGAACAUUCAGGUCAUCUUUCGAGGGCGUCAAGAACAUUGCGCUUACCCCUGCUGUUCUUGCGUCGCGCAAAGCCAUCAUUGAUGCGGCUUGGGCCUCCAGUGGCCGUCAUAUAAUUGCCUUACUCGUGGACGGCGAAUGGGGCGUCUGGGAUGUUGAUCGGUCUGGUCCAAGCCCCCCAGCAGAUCCAUCGGCUUUCUCUCUUCGAGGAUAUGUUGGUACAGCGGAGAAAGAGGCAAGUUCUGGCGGCGCAUCAAGCCCGAAGCGUGGAAGCCGCAAUUCGUUAGCUCCAAUGACGCCGAAUACGCGUAAGCGGAAAGAGGAGACACUCUUCCAGGGCAGCGCACCAAGCCUGACAGCAGCAACUAGAGGCGGCAUCUCUGUUGCGAGUAUCACGUCGACUAACGGAACGUCAGAAGACUCGGUCCUGAUCUGGUAUGGAUCUGAGAUCUACAGGAUAGCCGAUCUGAUCAAGUUCUGGAGUCGUACUGCUUCUGCCAGCAGCGGUGCUUCCUUACCAGGUCCUGGUCUCCAAGUCCAGGAUAUUGCACUCUGUGGGGAAGCCAUCACAUCAGUCUCACAGUUCGACACGACACCUCAAGCAUCACGUAUGGCUAUCGCCAGGGACACUCUUGUAUCAGCCGAGCACCGUCUCAUCAUCACCGCGAGUACUAGCCAGCCUCUUGGGCGCGAUUUGAGCGCCAUAUUUGCACGCGAGCAGGUCGAGGAUGACGCAUCGAACAGAACAGACCAGGCUCUUCUUACCCAUGGCGAGCUUGAUCUCGGCGGCAUGGACAGGAUGCUCGAGAGUAUGGAGGGCAGCGGAACUAGCGGAACCGUCCCCAAGAGCUUGACCAUGGGCGGACCUCGCAAGGUCCUUUUCGCUUCCUCCGCAGCUUGAUUGCAAAUGAAAAAGCGACAUGUCAGCGAUAAGAUUCUUACAUCCUCUGAAAAAGACGCUCUGGUAAGGAAUUUUGGAAAGCCAGCAUUUGUAUACGAUAUCCCUGGAUUACCAUCCUCAUCUUCAUCGGCCGCUAAAGACGCGGAAAGCAGUUCUCAACCCUAUCAUAAGUUCCCCGCUCGUCUCCCUCC